CCUUGUCUAUAUCUGCAGGUGCUAGAAUGGUACUAGUUAUGUGAUGGCAAAGCAUGUCAUCAAGAAAGGACCCACUUUUGAGUACUAAAUCCUAUUGCCGUCGGCUAAGUUUACGCAGAGGCGGAACAUGAGGAGGGAAAAACGCGGUGAAAAGCCGCGGAAACCGAAGACUGCGAUAUCGGGGUCCUGGAACAUUUAUGCGAAGAGAUUCACUAACGGACGAUUUAUGCUCAAUUGCGCAUUCUUGUCACUCUUUUACUUCAGUCUGCAUCGUCUCGCGCAUCUGGCCCCUUCUUACCGUCUUGCAUAUACCGAUUGUCGCAAAGACACGAUAAAUUACCUCAAAUUCCUUCUAGCGCAAAUCCCAAUAAUUAAUUUUCCGCCACAAUGUCUGUUCUCAGUACUCUGGCACCCGUCCCACCGGAUGAGAUCUUCGCCUUGAAUCGCGCAUAUGCCACGGAUCCUUUCCCGCAAAAGGUCAGCCUGGGAGUCGGCGUCUACCGUACGGACGAUGGCAAGCCAUGGCCUCUUCCAUGCGUGCGCGAAGCCGAGAAGCAAUUGCACGCCGAAGACAGCCUUACCAGACACGAGUACACCGCCAUCGAAGGCGACAUUCCCUUCCUCGAGCUGGCUCGAGACGUAAUGUUCGGGUUUGACUGCAAGAACGCAGCGGAGAAGCACAAGAGUCGCAUUGGUUCCGUCCAGACUGUCGCAGGCACUGGCGCAAACCACCUCGGAGCCCUGUUCCUGGCAAGGCACAUGAAGCCCAAGAACGUCUGGCUCUCCAACCCGUCCUGGGCCAACCACAUGACCAUCUGGGAACUCGCAGGCGUCCCCCGCAAGACCUACCCUUACUACAACCCCGCGACCCGCUCCUUCGACUUCGACGGCAUGAUGGCGACCCUGGAAGUCGAGGCGCAACAAGGCGAUGUCAUCCUCCUCCACGCAUGCGCACAUAACCCCACCGGCCUUGAUCCCAACAAGGAGCAAUGGAAGGCCAUCGCCGACCUCUGCGAGCGCAAGAAGAUCUUCCCCUUCUUCGACUCUGCCUACCAGGGUUUCGCGUCGGGGUCCCUCGAGGAGGACGCCUGGGCGGUGCGCUACUUCCUCAACGAAAAGCCCAGCAUGGAGAUGUGCGUUGCGCAGAGCUUCUCCAAGAACUUCGGGCUCUACGGACAGCGGGUAGGCGCCUUCCACUACGUCUUGCCCCAGGGCAGCGACAGUCUUCGCGACACCGUCGUUGUUAAUCUGUGCCAUUUGAUCCGAGGCGAAUACUCCAUGGGCCCUACAGCGGGUUGCAACAUCGUCAAGAAGGUCCUGACGAACGAGGAGCUCACCGCACAGUGGCACGAGGAUCUCAAAGUAAUGAGCUCGCGGAUCCGCUCAAUGAGAAAGGCUCUCUAUGACGAGCUUCUGCGGCUGCAGACCCCGGGUUCCUGGAGACACAUUAUCGAACAGAAUGGAAUGUUCUCCUACACCGGCCUUACCCCCGCGCAGGUUCAUUCCCUCAAGGACAAGUACCACAUCUACCUGCUCAAGUCCGGCAGAGCUUCCAUCAGCGGCCUGAGUAAAAAGAACGUCGCCUACGUCGCCCAGGCUAUCGACGACGUCGUGCGGAACGUCUAGUCUUGCAUUCCCGCAUCUGCAGAAAACCACUACACCAUACCGUUCGAUCGCAUUAAUUGGGCGUGAUACGAGAUUAAAACAUAGACGGAGCGAUGUUUCGAGGUCCCGGUGACUAGGAGUACAUCACAUCUUGCAUUUCGUGGCAUUUGCCGUUUUUACAUACACUUAGAAUCAUGGAGCAUGUAUGAUACGAUACGAAUAGAGUCAACGAGCUUUACG